AUGAUUUUCAAAACGCUCGCAGGUAAAACUUCAGUCGUGGGGCUUCGUUUACCGCAGACAUUUCUAUUCUUACUCGUUCUCGGAAGUCUGGGGUUUGGAGCUUUGUUCUUUUUGCCUGAAACAUCUCGUUUGAAACGUAUUUUUCAACAUAAUUCGGACAGCUCGGCAGUUAUCACCGACUCUGUGAAUGGACAACGUGCACAGCCCAUCUCACCCAUUGGAUAUGGGCUCAUUAGAGCCCCUCCGUUGGAUAUUGGAGUGCUACGUUCAAAAUCACAACUUUCAUCUUCAAAUGGAAAACAGAGAAAUAAUAACAAGGGAAGGAGUCAAGGAACAGUUUCAAUGGAACAUAUGUCUGAAGGUGACGCUGCCGACAACAAGGUGCAUACAAGGGGCGUGGUCGUAUCGAGUCGCGCGCGCUCACCUGUGAGGGUGAAGUUGAGGAAUUGUAUGCUGAAACCGCCAUAUGGCGCAAAUUAUGGCAAACCUAGUGAUCCUGAAUCUCUGCAGCGUCGGGAGAAAGUAAAAGAGGUAAGAUUCGGUGGUAAGUGGUGGUGGUGAUAGGCCAAUGCAUUGCCAUAUGGUAGCCUAAUAGGAUAGGAUAACGCUUUUCUCCAGACAGGUUUAUGUGGAGGCAGGAGGACAGUAAUAGCUUGAGCAAUCAAUGUCUUUGAGCAAAUAACUGUUAAUGGCAACAACAUGCUUGAGGCUAUAGGUCUACUCAAUAAUUCACACUUUUAAUUGAAUUAGGAUUUAAUGUGCAUUUUAUACCAAAUAGCCAAGAUUCUAGCACAGCCCCCAGACUGAAAACGACAUGUUGUCUCCUCACUGAGGGAAUGCAGUUGGCAUCUUUUUAAAAGCCAGACAAAUUCAUCAGUAUAUAUAUAUCUCCAGAUCAAUAAUGGUGCUGCAUGGUAAGUGUGUGGGGGGCAGGGGUCAUAAAGCCUACUGUACAGACCUCUUGCUGUAAUGCUGGUUGAUUGGCUGGGCUGCUCCAUUCAUCCAGACACUGGGGAUAUGUCACUAAUGUCACCCUAUUCCCUAUAUAGUGCACUACUUUUGACCAGAGUCCUAUGGGUAGUAGUGCACUAUAUAGGGAAUAGGGGCCAUUUGGAACGCACAUUGGGCCUCAUUGUUCUGGGGCACAGGAUCCUGACUGUCAAACAUGAUGAUUCUCCUGACUUCAACAGUCAUAUCCGCUGUUCACCCUAGCCUUUACCUGACACUACUUAUUACAAACAUCUCCAAAGCCUCCCACACACACACACAUACACACAUACACACACAGCAACUAGGGGGGUGAAUAUUCCCACACACAACGUACAGUAGCUUCUUUCAUUCAAACAGAGAAUAGAGACAUAUUAAUUACCCGGCAAGCUAUUUGCAAAGCCCAUGACUGUAGACCAACUGUAGACUGAGUGAUCCAUAUUGCUAUUCAGCCACGAUUCUCCUGAAUGAAACAGAAGCUUUUAUUCUUUUGAUCAGUUUUUCAUAAAUAGGGCUACUUACAGUCAAACAGAAGCUUUUAUUCUUUUGAUCGGUUUUUCAUAAAUAGGGCUACUUACAGUCAAACAGAAGCUUUUAUUCUUUUGAUAGUUUUUUCAUAAAUAGGGUUACUUACAGUCAAACAGAAGCUUUUAUUCUUUUGAUCGGUUUUUCAUAAAUAGGGCUACUUACAGUCAAACAGAAGCUUUUAUUCUUUUGAUCGGUUUUUCAUAAAUAGUGCUACUUACAGUCAAACAAGUUUUCUUUUAUAGAAAUAGAUGGUCAAAACAUCAGAAAGCUAUUACAGUAUCAUAUCAGUUAAGAAUUGUACUGCCAGAGAUUGGUCUUGGGUUCUUGUGCAUUUCUUGGCAAGGAGAAUGUGACUUAUCUUUGGCCUCAUUUGGAUAUUAAUUGUGUGGAAGUAUAAAAUGACAUUGACACGGCUGCAACAAAGUGAAACAAGCUUGAAUGUCAACCUAAAACUCCUUCAAUUUUUAUACAAGGUCUUUCUUUCUUCCAAAGUUUCCUAUCAAUGGAUGUUCUGUGUCAUUUCAAACCCCUGGAGGGGAAAUAGGGCCAUCUGAUACUUUAUUGAAGGCAGAUAAUUCAGAGGUGCCAAAGAUCCCAUCCAGAAUAGGUCAUCUUGAUUACAAAGGUCAACCCCAAGGCUUUUCCGGUGAAAGACCAUGAGUAGGCCUAUCUAUCUUCCUCACUGGUACGGCUGUUUUGAUGAAUAAAGCAACACAUCAUCUCCAAAACUCAUCUCUCCCUACUCUGUCCACCUGUCUCACACAUUGUCCUAUCACCACAAAAGCCAGAGCCAGUGUCAACAGAACUACAGCCUUUUUAUUUUAUUUUAUUAUUUUUCCCUAACGCAGUUACCUACAGUUACCUCAAGAUAACUGCUAAUCUAUGCCAAGAGGUAAUAAGAAACGAACUGAUAAACAGUUACUGCUUAUUGCAACUCACUGUUGGUAGAUUGUUGACAAGGACUGCAGGCAGAGGAGUUGUUUAAUGGAGUAGGUUAUUCGCUCUUGAGAUAUAAACAGACAUGUUAAUUAGGCAUAUUGAGAAGCAUAUUAUGCUAAUAUAAUGUAUAAGCCAUUACAUGCAUUAGCCUAAACCAUGUGAAUAAGCAGGCUGAGGAGAGGAAUGGAUGUUGGUUGUUACUAAUGUCACUGCUGGUUCCAGAGGGAGCCCUCGGAUCACAGAGAUUUGAUGCUUGAAUGACCUCAUCCUAUUGCAAUAAUAUAAUUUCAUGGAGAUUAUGAAACGACUGCAAUGAGCUGUUCAAUUUUGAUAUUGAAGCUAAUUAAAGGUUUUCAUCUGUUUGUUUAUUAUGACUAAAACAAGUAUACAUAUUUCACUGAUAUUCUACCACAUGUAUUUUUAUUUCAGAUGAUGAAGUUUGCUUGGGACAACUAUAAGCGCUACGCAUGGGGGGAGAAUGAGCUGCGACCUCUCUCCAGGAAUGGCAAUGAUGGCAGGACAUUUGGUGAGUAAAUGGCUCCCUGGACGUACUAUAUGGCAUUCCAGUACAUUGCUUCUGAACAUACUGUAUCUACAUGGAAGUUUACAAACUAAUGUCUCUGCAGUCAAUGUCUCUGCAGUCAAUGUCUCUGCAGUGCAGUCCAUAGCAGUUAAUGUCUCUGGUCUGCAGUGCAGUCCAUACUGUGUGUGUGUUUUGGUGUCACAGGUGGUUUAAGAGGUGCCUCUAUCGUGGACUCUCUGGAUACCCUCUACAUUAUGGGGCUUGGUGAAGAGUACCAGGAGGCCAAGGAGUGGGUGGAGAACAACCUGAACCUCAGUGUAGUAAGUGGGUCAUUUUUCCCUUAUUACAAUUAAUUCAUGUUGUCAGUGGGGCUAUACAUAGGCCACUUUAGCUGUUUAAAUCUAAUCCAGAACAGCGUGCAGACAGGUUGGAGUUGGAUAGUUGGAUAGGGACGUCACACUGAGAAUGCUGGACCUGCAUAUCAAUCAUGGUACAGGCAUGGAGAUUAUGCCCCGCUGAGAAGAAAAUGAAAAGCAUCCUUAAAUCACCCUGGAGCCAGACCUCCGACAGCUCGUCAGACAGAAUAGAAAGUAUCCCUUGUCUGUAAUGAAAAGCAAUCUCUCUCUCUCUCCCCGCUUCUCUCUCUCUCUUUUGCUCUCUCUCUCUCCCACAGGGUGGAGAGGCAUCUCUGUUUGAAGUGAAUAUCCGCUACGUGGGUGGCCUGCUGUCUGCCUACUACCUAACAGGAGAGGAGGUGAGAUCCAUCCAUCCAUCAUAGUUUAUUCAUCACAUUUCUACAUUUCUUAACAACGGUAUUACUCAGGGCAUAAUGUCUCCCACCGUCAUAUGAAGCCUAAAGAUAUCUGUCUUCAGGAAAACAGCUCUACAUCCUCUUGCCUGAGAAUGUGGACGCUCAAAUAAAUGACCUAAGAGAAUCAAAGAGAACCACCAUCACAUCUUUGGUUGAUGUGUGCAGUUGUCAAAACGUAUAUAUCCUAGAAUGCAUCGAUCACGGACAGAUUAGAGAAUUCCAUCAAUACCACGCACACUACUGAAAUUAUAUAGGUUGAUUGAGUUCUGGAAUUGAUCCACGAUCAAUGCAUUCUUUCUAGGAACUAAGCAGGCUCUGUCAUAGAAUGGUUCCAUUGCAGUUGAUCCAUUGUGGGGAUGGUCAGUUAUCACAGCUGGGAACAGGAUGAAGGACCAGACCAGGAAGUAAUUAAGAAGACCGUUUUAGGGCCCAGUUGUGCCUUCUCUAAUUAAACAGUGGCUUAAAAUCUGGGGCUCAGAGUCAAGUGUCUCAGAGUAGGAGUGCUGAUUUAGGACCAGUUUAGCCUUUUAGAUUACAAUGAUUACGAUAACAUGGACAUGGGGAACCUGAUCCUAGAUCAGCACUCCUACUCUGAGACGAUUGACACAUACGGCCCCCGGUAUGAAUGUUGGGAGGACAUUCAACACCAUGGACAGCUCCCAACAGCCUGUGUUUUUCUCCUUGUAUGGUGAUCAAUUACACUGGGUGAGAUUACAAUAUAUUUUCAGAUAACCAUGGCAACAUGACUACCAGUAUUGCCUUCCUCUGCCAGAGCACUUUUCUUCACAACGAUGUGCUCUCAGUUCUUGAUGUGAAUACAUGGCUGUGCAAUCUCAAGGACACUUGUUCAAGCCUUAAUAAUCCAGCUCUCUCUUUACAAUUAUUUAUCUUGAUAGUCUUUUCAGAAAUGAAAGAAAACAUAAGAUACUCAUCAUCACAGUCCCAGUUUCAUUCAAUCCUGCAGAUAGUUUUCUCAGACUUUUAUAUUGAGGGUUAAUCAAGACUGCUUGUUUGUGGUUGCUGGCUGCUUUGUUCUCAGACAGAGGCAGUAAUUGGUUUAGAAGAAUGCAGCAUUUCAGACAGCCAGAACACUGCUACAGGCUCAAGGUGUCCCAAGCUCAUCUUUGACUCCAGCUUUGAACUUUGGCUUUACUUUGGUGAAAAUCUUUAUUUUAGCUGCAUGGCAUAUUUUGUAAGUUGUGCUUGUGGAUCAUUAGAUACUACUUAUGUGGUCCACCUGGAUACUAGGGCCGGGACGAUACCAGUAUCGAGAUACUUGUUAGUAUCGUGGCAAGGAAACAAAACACGAAGAGGGAUUUAACUUCUUUAGGAAAACAGCCCUAAUGUUGGAAACAAACAUCAUUAUGUUGUCAUCCAGAGUCACAUGUAUUUAUUUUCCAAGCUAUAGAACACAAUAUUUUACAUAAAGCAGGUUUUAAAGGACCAAAGAGUUUGGUCUGCUUUGUGUUUUCAUUUUUGCUAUGGAGUAAAUAUUGUGAUACUGGUAUCGUCGCAGCCCUACUGGAUAUAACAAGGAGAGUCAUUAGGCACCUUUCCUUUGGGGACAUGCUGGACAGGAAACAUUAAAUGGGACACCAACUUUGCCACAGCUGGAGCCUAUUAAAACUCCCUGAAAAGUGAUACACUGAAAAUGUGGUUUCAGCAUAGAAGAAAAGCUUGAACUAGAUGCAGUCUACUUGGAUACACUUAUAACUGAAUUGCAAAAAAAUCUAGUCGAGGAAGACAAAAGGUGAACUACAAUGAGGACUACAACACCCCUCCCCUUUUCUUGUCCCUUGCCAAACCCCACCCGCAACCAGACAGACACUGAGAAGAGGGCAUGAAGCCCUGAGCUGUCCCAUAAAGUCACACAUCUACUACUUUAGAUUAACUGAACUGAACUGAACUGAACUGACUCAACUGAGCUGUCUCAACUGAACUGAACUGGACUGAUCUGAACACCUGUCUUGUCUCUCCAGGUGUUUAAAAGGAAAGUGGUGGAGCUGGGGAGAAAUCUGUUACCUGCCUUCAACACUCCCACAGGCAUCCCACAUGGAGUUGUCAACCUGGCCGGGUGGGUAGAAUUUCCUAGUCGGGUAUACAAUACCUCUUCUGCUGGAGCAGGGUAGUCUUCACUGAAGCAAUAUACGUAAACUGACACAUUGUAGCUAUGCUGUUGUAGGUAGCGUAAUUCUUGGACUGUGUAAAUAGAUUGCAGGACUAUAUAUCGUCAUCUAAGUAGUUGCAGUGUGUCAUCAUGUGUUACACUUGAUGAACUCUGGAUUGAUCAAAUACCGGUAAUGCUAUUAAAACCACAGUGGAAGAGACAUUUGGAUCGGAGGGAGAGAGAGAAUCCAUCCUGUUCAUCUUUACUCUAAAUGCAUUUUCACUGCAGAAGUGAGAGUCAAUAUAUUCAGUUUUGCCUGAUGGCCCAGCUCUCUCUCCUAGUCCCUAAGGAAAGUAGGUGUGAAGUGAGUGAGAAGUGUGAAGCAAUCUGCCAUGGCCAUUAGAGCAAGGGGAAGCUAAGCUGAUGCUUCUGGCAGCCUGUCAGCUUCCCUCUCCCCAGCUGUCAAUCAAAGGCUUAUCUGGGAUCGAUGUGUCAGGUGUCUGGGAAUGACAGAGGCUCAGAGUGGGUGAAGAUCAACAUCCCCUCCUCCAUAUCUAAAUAUAGGAUAUUAUGGAAGUGAAUGAGGAACAGGUCUAGGAAGAAGACAAAGACUAACGGGUCAGGAUCUGCUCCUCAUCUAUAGCAGAAUAGACUCUUGUCAUCAUGAUUAUUCUCCAGGUUCUUUUAUCAGAAAGACAAAAUAAUAUUUCAGACAUGAACCGUGCUGUCUGCUGACAACUGGACAAAAAUAAGGAUAUCCAAGACACAACUAUAGAUUGUCUCAGCCUAUGAUGUUAAUUCUAUCCAAUCAACACUUUUCUGUCACAACAAGUACCUAUUGUCCCAGCCAAUCAAGGCUUGUCACAAUCAGAAAUGAUUAUUCUGGGUGAUCAAAGCUGGUUAGAGCUUACCACAUAUAAUUCUGUCUGACUACAGCUAUCUCCAAUAACACUGUGAAAUAAUAUGCCUGUGAAAUUACUCAUUUUAGGGCCACACACUGAUAUUUCCGCCAUGUACAGUGGCAAGAAAAAGUAUGUGAACUCUUUGGAAUUAUCUGGAUUUCUGCAUAAAUUGUUCAUAAAAUUGAUCUGAUCUUCAUCUAAGUCACAACAAUAGACAAACACAGUGGGCUUACACUAAUAACACAUACAUUAUUAUAUUUUUCAUGUCUAUAUUGAAUACAUCAUUUAAACAUUCACAGUGUAGGUUGGAAAAUGAAUGUGAACCCCUAGGCUAAUGACUUCUCCAAAAGCUAAUUGGAGUCAGGAGUCAGCUAACCUGGAGUCCAAUCAAUGAGACGAGAUUAGAGAUGUUGGUUAGAGCUGCCCUGCCCUAUAAACAUUUUUGAGUUUGCUAUUCACAAGAAGCAUUGCCUGAUGUGAACCAUGCCUCGAACAAAAGAGAUCUCAGAAGACCUAAGAUUAAGAAUUGUUGACUUGGAUAAAGCUGGAAAGGGUUACUAAAGUAUCUCUAAAUUCCUUGAUGUUCAUCAGUCCACGGUAAGACAAAUUGUCUAUAAAUGGAGACAGUUCAGCACUGUUGCUACUCUCCCUAGGAAUGGCUGUCCUGCAAAGAUUACAGCAAGAGCACAGCGCAGAAUGCGCAAUGAGGUUAAGAAGAAUCCUAGAGUGUCAGCUAAAGACUUACAGAAAUCUCUGGAACAUGCUAACAUCUCUGUUGACGAGUCUAUGAUACGUAAAACGCUAAACAAGAAUGGUGUUCAUGGGAGGACACCACGGAAGAAGCCACUGCUGUCCAAAAAAAACAUUGCUGCACGUCUGAAGUUCGCAAAAGAGCACCUGGAUGUUCCACAGUGCUACUGACAAAAUAUUCUGUGGACAGAUUAAACAAAAGUUGAGUUGUUUGGAAGGAACACACAAUACUAUGUGUGGAGAAAAAAAGGCACAGCACACCAACAUAAAAACCAUCCCAACUGUAGAGUAUGGUGGAUAGAGCAUCAUGGUUUGGGGCUGCUUUGCUGCCUCAGGGCCUGGACAGCUUGCUAUCAUCGACGGAAAUAAAUGAAUUCCCAAGUUUUAUCAAGACAUUUUGCUGGAGAAUGUAAGGCUAUCUGUCCACCAAUUGAAGCUCAGCAGAAGUUGGGUGAUGCAACAGUACAACAACCCAAAACACAGAAGUACAGUGGGGGAAAAAAGUAUUUAGUCAGCCACCAAUUGUGCAAGUUCUCCCACUUAAAAAGAUGAGAGAGGCCUGUAAUUUUCAUCAUAGGUACACGUCAACUAUGACAGACAAAAUGAGAAAAAAAAUCCAGAAAAUCACAUUGUAGGAUUUUUAAUGAAUUUAUUUGCAAAUUAUGGUGGAAAAUAAGUAUUUGGUCAAUAACAAAAGUUUCUCAAUACUUUGUUAUAUACCCUUUGUUGGCAAUGACACAAGUCAAACGUUUUCUGUAAGUCUUCACAAGGUUUUCACACACUGUUGCUGGUAUUUUGGCCCAUUCCUCCAUGCAGAUCUCCUCUAGAGCAGUGAUGUGUUGGGGCUGUCGCUGGGCAACACAGACUUUCAACUCCCUCCAAAGAUUUUCUAUGGGGUUGAGAUCUGGAGACUGGCUAGGCCACUCCAGGACCUUGAAAUGCUUCUUACGAAGCCACUCCUUCGUUGCCCGGGCGGUGUGUUUGGGAUCAUUGUCAUGCUGAAAGACCCAGCCACGUUUCAUCUUCAAUGCCCUUGCUGAUGGAAGGAGGUUUUCACUCAAAAUCUCACGAUACAUGGCCCCAUUCAUUCUUUCCUUUACACGGAUCAGUCGUCCUGGUCCCUUUGCAGAAAAACACCCCCAAAGCAUGAUGUUUCCACCCCCAUGCUUCACAGUAGGUAUGGUGUUCUUUGGAUGCAACUCAGCAUUCUUUGUCCUCCAAACACGACGAGUUGAGUUUUUACCAAAAAGUUAUAUUUUGGUUUCAUCUGACCAUAUGACAUUCUCCCAAUCCUCUUCUGGAUCAUCCAAAUGCACUCUAGCAAACUUCAGACGGGCCUGUACAUGUACUGGCUUAAGCAGGGGGACACGUCUGGCACUGCAGGAUUUGAGUCCCUGGCGGCGUAGUGUGUUACUGAUGGUAGGCUUUGUUACUUUGGUCCCAGCUCUCUGCAGGUCAUUCACUAGGUCCCCCCGUGUGGUUCUGGGAUUUUUGCUCACCGUUCUUGUGAUCAUUUUGACCCCACGGGGUGAGAUCUUGCGUGGAGCCCCAGAUCGAGGGAGAUUAUCAGUAGUCUUGUAUGUCUUCCAUUUCCUAAUAAUUGCUCCCACAGUUGAUUUCUUCAAACCAAGCUGCUUACCUAUUGCAGAUUUAGUCUUCUCAGCCUGGUGCAGGUCUACAAUUGUGUUUCUGGUGUCCUUUGACAGCUCUUUGGUCUUGGCCAUAGUGGAGUUUGGAGUGUGACUAUUUGAGGUUGUGGACAGGUGUCUUUUAUACUGAUAACAAGUUCAAACAGGUGCCAUUAAUACAGGUAACGAGUGGAGGACAGAGGAGCCUCUUAAAGAAGAAGUUACAGGUCUGUGAGAGCCAGAAAUCUUGCUUGUUUGUAGGUGACCAAAUACUUAUUUUCCACCAUAAUUUGCAAAUACAUUUAUUACAAAUUCUACAAUAUGAUUUUUUGAAAAAAAAAUCUCAAUUUGUCUGUCAUAGUUGACGUGUACCUAUGAUGAAAAUUACAGGCCUCUCUCAUCUUUUUAAGUGGGAGAACUUGCACAAUUGGUGGCUGACUAAAUACUUUUUUUCCCCACUGUAGGUGUUCUUCUUGACCUAUUGGGGCAGUAAGCAAAUUGAAGUGGGUCUAGGGUGACAGGUAAGGUGGAGGUGAUAUGAUCCUUGACUAGUCUCUCAAGGCACUUCAUGCCACAUUUAAAGGUAAUGAAUUUUUACCGUUUAAAUUGCAUCUUUAUUGUUAAGCCUAUAUAAAAAAAAAAAUCUAUACAGAGACCCUUGAAUGUCAUGGUGUAAUUCAGUUAACCAAACAGUAUUAGUAACUUAACCUUCACAUUUCAACUAAUGUAGAAUUUGCAAAUUGGAAAAAAAACAUUUUUUAAACACAUUUCUGAAUGUGCCCAAUGCAUAAUGUACAGUGGUGUGAAAAAGUGUUUGCCCCCUUCCUGAUUUCUUAUUUGUUUGCAUGUUUGUCACACUUAAAUGUUUCAGAUCAAACAAAUUUAAAUAUUAGUCAAAGAUAACAAAAUGCAGUUUUGAAAUGAAGGUUGUUAUUAUUAAGGGAAAACAAAAUCCAAACCCACAUGGCCCUGUGUGAAAAAGUGAUUGCCCCCUACAACCUAAUAACUGGUUGGGCCACCCUUAGCAGCAACAACAGCAAUCAAGUGUUUGCGAUAACUUGCAAUGAGUCUUUUACAGCGCUGUGGAGGAAUUUUGGCCCACUCAUCUUUGCAGAAUUGUUGUAAUUCAGCCACAUUGGAGGGUUUCGAGCAUGAACUGCCUUUUUAAGGUCAUGCCACAGCAUCUCAAUAGGAUUCAGGUCAGGACUUUGACUAGGCCACUCCAAAGUCUUCAUUUUGUUUUUCUUCAGCCAUUCAGAGGUGGACUUGCUGGUGUGUUUUGGAUCAUUGUCCUGCUGCAGAACCCAAGUUCGCUUCAGCUUGAGGUCACGAACGGAUGGCCGGACAUUCUCCUUCAGGAUUUUUUGGUAGACAGCAGAAUUCAUGGUUCCAUUUAUCACAGCAAGUCUUCCAGGUCCUGAAGCAGCAAAACAGGCCCAGACCAUCACACUACCACCACCAUAUUUUACUGUUGGUAUGAUGUUCUUUUUCUGAAAUGCGGUGUUACUUUUACGCCAGAUGUAAUGGGACACACACCUUCCAAAAAGUUCAACUUUUGUCUCGUCAGUCCACAGAGUAUUUUUCCAAAGGUCUUUGGGAUCAUCAAGAUGUUUUCUGGCAAAAAUGAGACAAGCCUUAAUGUUAUUUUUGCUCAGCAGUGGUUUUCGUCUUGGAACUCUGCCAUGCAGGCCGUUUUUGCCCAGUCUCUUUCUUAUGGUGGAGUCAUGAACACUGACCUUAACUGAGGCAAGUGAGGCAUGCAGCACUUUGGAUGUUGUUGUGGGGUCUUUUGUGACCUCUUGGAUGAGUCGUCGCUGCGCUCUUGGGGUAAUUUUGGUCGGCCGGCCACUCCUGGGAAGGUUCACCACUGUUCCAUGUUUUCACCAUUUGUGGAUAAUGGCUCUCACUGUGGUUCGCUGGAGUCCCAAAGCUUUAGAAAUGGCUUUAUAACCUUUUCCAGACUGAUGGAUCUCAAUUACUUUCUUUCUCAUUUGUUCCUGAAUUUCUUUGGAUCUCGGCAUGAUGUCUAGCUUUUGAAGAUCUUUUGGUCUACUUCACUUUGUCAGGCAGGUCCUAUUUAAGUGAUUCCUUGAUUGAGAACAGGUGUGGCAGUAAUCAGGCCUGGGUGUGGCUAGAGGAAUUGAACUCAGGUGUGAUAAACCACAGUUGAGUUGUGUUAUAACAGGGGGGGCAAACACUUUUUCACACAGGGCCAUGUAGGUUUGGAUUUAGUUUUCCCUUAAUAAUAACAACCUUCAUUUCAAAACUGCAUUUUGUGUUUACUUGUGUUUAUCUUUGACUAAUAUUUAAAUUUGUUUGAUGAUCUGAAACAUUUAAGUGUGACAAACAUGCAAACAAAUAACAAAUCAGGAAGGGGGCAAACACUUUUUCACACCACUGUAUGUGUUAUUGCUGGUACAACUUCUACAGGACAGUGGGCAGUUUUCAAAUGUUACAUUUCUCUUGCCUGGCUACCCAGACUCCUUGCUCCGGCCAAACGCUAUGACAAACCCACGGACUUCUCCGAAAUGGGUCUGGAUCUGAGUACCCCCCCACCCCCCCCACCCCCGACCCUUCACCGAAUGUGAAUACAUUGGGGGCCGUCUGAUUGGUCCAGAAACAGAUGGGUUGGGACACACGUCGGUAAAGUGGCUGUUUGAAAAAUCGUAAUUGGCUUUGAUACUCUGAUUGGUUAGAGACGAUCCAAUCGCUCCUCGUCACCACAAACAACUUCAAUGAUGGCAGUCUCAGACUAUAGUAUGUAGCAAAUGACAGAGCAGCGGAAGAAUUGUGUGAGUCGUCAGGCUAGCAUUUCUCGCUCAUGUCUGUUCCUGUGUUAGUGAUUCCAGGAGGUCAACCGGAGGGGAUUUAGGGAGGAGCAGUGUUCUAGCAGAGUUUGGAACCCUGCAUCUGGAGUUUGUUCACCUGUCAGAACUUACCAAGGAUCCCAUUUAUACAGAGAAAGUGAGUGCUGUAACUCUACGAGCUUCACAUAUAUAAUGCUUUUGUUUUGAAGGCUUUGAAACCAGAUGUCUUGUGAAAAUAACACGUGCUUCAAAAGAAUACCCAAUAUUGACCUCAACUGUUAAAUACAUGAACUCAUUUUUUGUCUCUCUCGCUGUCUGUCUUCUCUACACCCUCAGGUUAUGAAUAUUAGGAAACAUCUGAACCAGCUGGACAAGCCACAUGGCCUCUACCCAAAUGCUCUCAACCCAGUCAGUGGGAAUUGGGAACAGCGUAAGUCACUAUCUGACUAUUGAGUGAUUGUAGUCCUUCAUUAAACUAAGAGGGAUUACAUUGUUCUUUGAUGUUAUUGUCCUGUCUGAAAACAGCCACGUGUGUUAUAUGGCAUGGCAGAUCAUGCGUUAUGUCUUGUAUUUUUUAGAUUAUGUCUCCAUUGGGGCCCUUGGUGACAGCUUCUACGAGUAUCUAAUAAAAUCCUACCUGAUGUCAGACAGGACGGAUGAAGUUGCUAAAAGGAUGUACUAUGCUGCUCUGGAGGUACACUUACAGUAUAAGGUUGCAUGCUAUAACCACAUAAUGCUAUAACAGCAGAAAAGCAAUAGGUGAAGCAUGAGAACAAGAACAGAACCAUAGAACAAGAACAGAACCAUAGAACAAGAACAGAACCAUAGAACAAGAACAGAACCAUAGAACAAGAACAGAACCAUAGAACAAGAACAGAACCAUAGAACAAGAACAGAACCAUAGAACAGAGCAGCAAAAGGGAAGAGAGGACGUGAAAAGAGGCAAAGACAUUUGAUGAAAAAAAUGUUUUCAUGGAUAUAUCACGUUUUAGAAUGAAACUCUUCACAUGUUGUUUACUAAUGAUACCCAUCUACUGUACACUGCUUUAGGCAAUAGAGAAGAACCUAGUACAGAGGUCUCCUGGGGGGCUGAUCUACGUGGCUGAGUGGAGAGGGGGUAUACUAGACCACAAAAUGGGUCACCUGGCCUGCUUCUCUGGAGGGAUGAUCGGGAUCGGGGCUGAACACGGCAGUCCAGAGACCAGGCAGCACCAACUGGACCUGGCUGCUAAUAUCACCCAUACCUGCCACGAGUCCUACAGACGUACACGUAAGAGCACAUCUAGAUAUACUCAGAACCCAGUUUAAAGCCCAAUUAGAUGCCUUACAGGGUGUUGUAAUUGACAUGCUGUCAUGGCAUAACCACAAUUCGUUAGUUAAAGUCUGAACCGUUUUUACUAUAGGACCCCACAAAGAGGAUGGAUUCAAAAUGAAUCACCAUUAGUUAAUGCUUUUUUAAUUACGUUUUUAUUUAUUUGGCUUUUCAGUAUUUUACAGGCGAAGGGCGAAAACAAACAACAAAUCCUCUACCACUCUCAAUCCCAUGCUCCAACAAAGCCCCAUCCCCAAUCCCAACCAGAAAUGGCAUUACAUCAUUAGUUCAUGCUUGACAGGUUUAAUAGUUAGUUAGUCACAUGUAAAGGUGUUAACAGUAAGAAUCCACUAAGAGGAUGGACUAAUGAUGAAUUACCAUUAGUUAAUACUUAACAAGCUUUCCUAAAUAGCACGACCAAUAACAAAACAAUAACAAUGUCACAUCUUUUACAUAACAUUAACUAACAUUACACAUUGUAUUCAAUUUCAUUGCCUUUGAUAUUUACAUGCCACAAUUAAGUAACAUGGCAACUUAUAUACAAUGUCAUUGUAUGUGAAAAGGUGUCACCCUGACCUGUCUGAAGGAUGUGUUGGUGUCACCCUGAUCUCUCCGAAGGAUGUGUUGGUGUCACCCUGAUCUCUCUGAAGGAUGUGUUGGUGUCACCCUGAUCUCUCUGAAGGAUGUGUUGGUGUCACCCUGAUCUCUCUGAAGGAUGUGUUGGUGUCACCCUGAUCUCUCUGAAGGAUGUGUUGGUGUCACCCUGAUCUCUCUGAAGGAUGUGUUGGUGUCACACUGAUCUCUCUGAAGGAUGUGUUGGUGUCACACUGAUCUCUCUGAAGGAUGUGUUGGUGUCACCCUGAUCUCUCUGAAGGAUGUGUUGGUGUCACCCUGAUCUCUCUGAAGGAUGUGUUGGUGUCACCCUGAUCUCUCUGAAGGCCUGUGUAGGUGUCACACUGAUCUCUCUGAAGGAUGUGUUGGUGUCACCCUGAUCUCUCUGAAGGCCUGUGUAGGUGUCACCCUGAUCUCUCUGAAGGAUGUGUUGGUGUCACCCUGAUCUCUCUGAAGGCCUGUGUAGGUUUCAUCCAUAUCUCUCUGAAGGCCUGUGUAGGUGUCAUCCAGAUCUCUCUGAAGGCCUGUGUAGGUGUCACUUCUGACAUCACUUCCUCAUCUGACAUCACUUCCUGCUUCUCCUCUUCAGUGUACAGUAUAUGAGAACUGAAGCUUUAGUAGCCAGGACAACCCCCACCACAGCCAGUACAUAAAACAAAACAGACACUGCGAAGACACACCCGUGUUAAGAUCCAAGAGGGUAGAGUUCUGAGCUCCUAUCUCGUUCUCAGUCGUACAGUUGUACUGAUCAUGUCUCCCAGACUGACAGUGGGGAUGAUGUACUGUUCUCUUCCUUCUCCUGUCUGUACGACGCUCACUUCAGUCCCAUUGCUCAUGUACCAGGUGUAAAACGUCACUGGUGGGUUGGCAUCACUGCUGCAGCUCAGAGUCACCGACUGCCCUCCUCUCUUUCACCACUGACUGACACUGAAGUGUUCUUGGGGCCAUAUUUCACAACGGGUGUACCUCCAAUGGGAGAUUCUCAAAGCCUCUUACAAUACAGAAGUAGCUGCCUGCAUGCUCUUUUCUGACUGCCUGUAGAAACGUGACCUUGGACUUUGUUCUUGACCCGACUUUGUUCUCAUACAAAAAGAAGUAACUGAAGUUUGGACAGGAAGUCUUGCAGGAAGGAGAUCAGGACUGAUUCUCCCUCCUUUGCAAUGUGAGGUGUAACUUUUACUUGUAUGUUUGUGACAGACAGAUUGACCCCAAAUGGAUCAUGGUAUGUUGUACCCCCUUGCGUUUUAAACGUGAAUUUGUAAUAACCUGAAUCAGUCUCUCUCAGGUUGGUGAUUCUCAGGGUGCAGUCUUUCUCCUUGUUACCAUGGUACUCUUCCCGAUCCGGAAAGUCCAAUUAUUUAAAAAAGAUUUUUGACCAGAUUGUGUGAUGGUUUGAUUACUGGGGUAAUGUGUAAUUGCAAGGGAUUUUGACAGGUGUCUCGAUGAAGGCACAGAUGGUCUUGUGUUUAUUACAUCCCAGCAGUUACCAAGGAGACAUGCAGGAGAGUGGAGAUCCUCACAUGCUUUUACAGCACAGGAGUAACUGCCUGUUCCUUACUGCAAACUGGGUCUAGGUACAGGCUGAUAUUCAGGGUCUUUCGGUUGGUAAAUGUUGUCCAUUCUUGUACCAGAUGUAGCUGGGGUUGGGAUUGUCACUCAGAGUACAGGUGGUGCUACAGGUACUUUCUGUCCUUUUUUGCACAUUGGCUGUUUCCUUUGUCACCUUAAGAUCUGUGACAGUAACAGUGAUUCCAGAUUGAAUGAACUUCCGUCCAGAGUUCUCUGACUGAACCAUGAAGUGAUAGUCAGCAUUGUCACUAUUUCUCUUUGACUUUAAGUGCAAGAGAAGGAGGAGUUGGCUUCUAAAAGAUUUCCCCAAAUGUCAUAAAGCUACUCAAAAUGUCUGUAAUACCCUUCGUCAUCUGUGAAGUCUUCGGGAAUGGUCUUGUCCUUCCGUUUCUUCUUGUUGUCAUUGUUAAACCAGAAGAAGUCACAUGUCCAGAAAAAGUCAGCAUCAGGGAAAUUGUAGCUCAUGUUCACUGACGAUCCCUCUAAGGCACAAACUUUCUUCUCAUCGCAAAUCACUGCAUCUACAUUCACCAGACUGGAUGUAAAGGGGAACAGUCCUGCGAACAUGCUUCUUGCCAAAGUGACGGGCAUCAGUUAGAAUGUGAAAGGGAGAUCCUCCGAUACCUGCCAACUUACUGGCAGUGCAGUUGAACAAGGUGUUAGUUUGAGAAUGUGUCUUAAUACCUAAUGGAGUCCAAGCUUCAGUUUCGGAUACAGAUCGGAUUUCCUUUUUAAAGUGUGUUUAUCAAGAUACGUACCAUACAGGGUGGACAUUGAAGCCAAAAUUGAGUUAGAUAUUCAUAGGUCCACAUAAACAUCCAUGUACAGUGCAUUCGGAAAGUAUUCAGACCCCUUGACUUUUUCCACAUUUUGAUACGCUACAGCCUUAUUCUAAAAUUGAUCAAAUUGUUUUUUCCCUCAUCGAUCAACACACAAUACCCCAUAAUGACAAAGCAAAAACAGGUAAAUAAAAUAAAACAUUGACAUAAGUAUUCAGACCCUUUACUCAGUACUUUGUUAAAGCACCUUUGGCAGCGACUACAGAAGCCACUCCUGCGUUGUCUUGGCUGUGUGCUUAGGGUCGUUGUCCUUUUGGAAGGUGAACUUUCGCCCGAGUCUGAGGUCCUGAGCGCUCUGGAGCAGGUUUUCAUCAAGGAUCUCUCUGUACUUUGCUCUGUUCAUAUUUCCCUCGAUCCUGACUAGUCUCCCAGUCCCUGCCUCUGAAAAACAUCCCCACAGCAUGAUGCUGCUGCCACCACCAUGCUUCACCGUAGGGAUGGUAUUGGCCAGGUGAUGAGUGGUGCCUGGUUUCUUCCAGAAGUGACGCUUAGCAUUCAGGCUAAAAAGUUCAAUCUUGGUUUCAUCAGACCAGAGAAUUUUGUUUCUCAUGGUCUGAGAGUUGCCUUUUGGCAAACUCCAAGCUGGCUGUCAUGUGCCUUUUUACUAAGGAGUGGCUUCCGUCUGGCCACUCUACCAUAAAGGCCUGAUUGGUGGAGUGCUGCAGAGAUAGUUUACAUUCUGGAAGAUUCUCCCAUCUCCACAGAGGAACUCUGGAGCUCUGUCAGAGUGAGCAUUGGGUUCUUGGUCACCUCCCUGACCAAGGCCCUUCUCCCCCGAUUGCUCAGUUUGGCUGGGCGGCCAGCACUAGGAAGAGUCUUGGUGGUUCCAAACUUCUUCCAUUUAAGAAUGAUGGAGGCCACUGUGUUCUUGGGGACCUUCAAUGCUGCAGACAUUUUUUGGUACCCUUCCCAGAUCUGUGCCUCGACACAAUCCUGUCUCGGUGCUCUACUGACAAUUCAUUCAACCUCAUGGCUUGGUUUUUGCUUCGAUGUGUGCCUUUCCAAAUCAUGUCCAAUCAAUUUAAUUUACCACAGGUGGACUCCAAUCAAGUUGCGUGUAGAUUGAUGAAGAUUUUUAUUUUAUUUUAAUCCAUUUUAGAAUAAAGCUGUAACGUAACAAAAUGUGGAAAAAGUAAAGGGUCUGAAUACUUUCCGAAUGCACUGUAUAUGUACAGAUAUGCAUAUGGGUAGCCUAUAGACAUAUCCAAGGACAUAUAGAGUAAAGUGUAUUUAUAAAAGUAUAAAGUAUUAGAAGAGCGUCUGCAAGUAGUUGCAGGGAAUGAAGUUAACCUAUAAGAUUGUAGGACUCCCUUCUCUAUGCACAUACUACAUAUACAUUUUAGUCAUUUAGCAGACACUCUUAUCCAGAGCGACUUGCAGUUAGUGCAUACAUUUAUUUUAUUUUUUUGUGUUUUCAUACUGGCCCCCCCGUGGGAAUGGAACCCACAACCCUGGCGUUGCAAGCGCCAUGCUCUACCAACUGAGCCACACGGGGCCCUGGUCUCAAUCCCUGAGUGUAGCACCUUGGCAGAAACAAUUACAAUCAUACAGUUCUCUCUCUCUCAUAUGACUGUUCUCCAGCAUAUUACAUAAUUAUGCACAAUAAUAAAAUAUGACAUAUGCACAAUACAAAAAAUAUCAAAUAUGCACAAUAUGACAAAUAUUAAAUAUGCAUAUCCAGUGUUUUCUAAACAGGUGCUGGAGAUCAAACAAUAUGUUUAGCACAAUGCAUUGUCAAUUCUAAUCCAACCGAAAAUCCAACAGCCACUAAACUGGGCCCAGAGGUGUUCCGGUUUGAUGAUGGAGUGGAGGCCACAGCUCCCAGAGUAAACGAAAGGCAUUACAUCCUGAGGCCAGAGGUCGUGGAGAGCUACAUGUACAUGUGGAGACUGACCCAUGACCCCAAGUACAGAGAGUGGGGCUGGGAGGCUCUGGAGGUCAGGCCAUACAUUUAUAUAAAUGAUAAAUACAGUACAAUAAAUUGACCUAUGAUCCAGUGAUACAUUUCCUCGCAGCCCAUUUUGAUACUGUAGUCCUAUGUGUGAUUACCCUGAAGUAACAUAACCUUAAAACCAACUGCAUGUAGAAUGGAAAUGAUGGUCUGAUUCUUGCAGUUAGUUAAAGAUGGGAUUGUACUUUUAUUUUACAGGCUCUGGAGCGACACUGUCGACUUGCCACAGGGUUCUCUGGUAUCAUUGAUGUCUACGGCCAUAUAAUCCAACACGACAACCUGCAACAGAGUUUCUUUCUGGCAGAAACACUCAAGUGAGUGAAGGAAAAGAUACAAGCAUAAUUUGUGUUAUCUUUGUCAUUUCUCUGUGUUUUUCAUUAGCAAUAACCAUAACAUAACACUAUUGUACAGAGUUUGUCACCUGUGUCCAUUUUUACUUUCGUUCUCUGUCUAUAUAUUUCAUCUUAAUUGUGUUUUCCUCUCCCUCCUCUAUCUUUGUAUUUUCUCUGCGCUUUACACUGGCAAUAACCAUAACAUAACAGUAUUGUACACUAUUGUAUAGAGUUUGUAAUAUGUGUCAGUGUUUGCUUCCUUUUGUACCCCAUUUUAAUAGUGUUUUCCUCUCCUCUCUCUGGUGUGUUACAGGUAUCUAUACCUGCUGUUCUCUGAUGACGAUCUCCUGCCUCUGAAGGACUGGGUGUUUAACACAGAAGCACACCCUCUACCUGUCAUCCCCAGGAACUGCUCUCAGAAGACAGAGGACACAGACCGUUGGCCUGCUUGACAGGCUUAUAGGGCUCCAUUGAAAUGGACCACGUAUGGUGUAUGUCCACUAUCUGGCUUAGCUCCAGUGUUUGUCCCAAACAUUUUGCCUUUAUGUUUCCAUUUCUGAGGCCUGGCCCAAAAAAAUGCCCUAAGAAAAGAUAGGGGGCCCUGUUUCUGGCCCUAGUCACUUUGAUUAAACUGCAGGAGAUGGAUGGUCAGUGAGACACAUAUCUCUGUGGAAACUGUUGAACUGAUUUUGUCUUCACUGUGAAAGCUGUUGUUGUUUCUGUGAAUCAUCAGAAACCAACAAUAAGUAUAUCUGACUGUCUACUUCUUUGCCUCUGUGAGGAAAAUUCCGAUGUCACAGCGAAUGAGCUGAACGUCAGCUUUCUGAGUGUCAAUAUGUCUUUGUGAUACAUCCAUUGUGCAUUAAAUCUGUCUGCUAUGACAAAAUAUUGGUUUUUCAGUGUAGGAUUUUCUGUCCAUGCCAGUUAUUUUUCUUAUCAGAUAAUUUCACUAAUUGUAAG